AUGCAACGCAUCGAGCGGACUGUCGGCGACCCUAACAGUCGACUGACUUGCGAAUGUACGGAGCUGAAAAAGGGCGGCAAUGAGGUUUAUAGGGACCGGCGUGACCCACUACAUGUCCUCCGGGACGGAGAAGCUAGUAACGACGAGCUGGGGCGGCCAGCGCAUCCAGCCGAGAUCGAGGGCCGCGAUGAGGUCGCCAGGGUCUCUGGGGGAGCUGAGCGAGAUGACAAAGGUGUUGGGCUGGUCAAGCAGCCUGAUUGGUCGCCUAAUAGCUAG